GACAAAAAAAAGUACAGACAACAACAAAUAAUCAAUCAUCAGCCGGUCUAUCUAACCAAUAAUCAAAAUUUCCCAAAACCCUAGAAAAAAACACACUCACGCACUUAAAACCAUACAAAUUCACACAUCAACUCUAUCUCUCUCUCUCACACAUACACUAACUGGCACUCAUAAUCACUCACAUGAUCGCCCUCCCAUCUCCGUACUAUUAUGUCCUACUACCAUUCCUCCGAUCGAAGAAACCCUAGAAAUUCGUGACUCCGUUGACAGAAAUGGCGACGUCGAAGCUCAUGGCUUCUUCAACUUCGGCAGCGACUUCAUCUCAUAACUCCGAACUCCGUCGGAAUUCGCUUUCCAAAUCUGAUUUCCAUAAUUUCCGCAAUCAUCAUCAUUAUCAUCAAAACUCUCCAAAUGCUGCGGCAGCUGUUUCUGCGACGACGACGACGACGACUGAGAGUACUUUGUUGAAUGCGGAAAUUACGCUUUUGGAUGCUUCGGGAGCGAUCACGCCCAUCUCGCCGGCGCCGGUGAGGAAGAAGACGGUGGAUGAUGUGUGGAGAGAGAUUGUGGCGGGGAAGACGGCAGCGAGCGAGCCGGCGAGGAGAGUGGAGCCUAAGGAGGAGGCAAUGGAUGAGAUGAUGACAUUGGAGGAUUUUUUGGUAAAGGCUGGAGCAGUGGAGGAAUCGGCUGUUGCUGCGGCGGCAGGAGUGGAGGGGGAGGUGAAGGUGGAGGCUGCUGCGGUCGCGGGGACGAGUGGGGGAAUGUUUGCUUUUGAUAGUCCGUAUAUGUCGAGGCAGGGGAGUGUGGAAAGUGGGGGAGGGCUGGGGUAUGCAAGUGCAGGAGGUUUGGAGACGAUGGGGAGUGGAGGACUAGGAGGAGGAGGAGGGAGAGGGAAGAGAAGAGCGUCGAGUUUAUUGGAGCCAAUGGAUAAAGCAGCGCAGCAGAGGCAGAGGAGGAUGAUUAAGAAUAGGGAGUCGGCUGCCAGGUCUAGGGAGCGAAAACAGGCGUACCAAGUUGAAUUGGAGGCCAUGGCAGUGAGACUGGAAGAAGAGAAUGAGCAGCUCUUGAAAGAAAAGGCUGAGAGAACAAAGGAAAGAUGCAAGCUGCUAAAGGAGAAAGUGAUCCCUGUUGUGGAGAAGCGAAGACCAGCACGCAUUCUGCGGAGAGUUCGGUCUAUGGAAUGGUGACUUUCUGUUAUGCACUUGAUGUGAAAAGGAAAUUGAACGUAUCUUAGCAUUGGUUGCAAGAUCCAGUUGUGGUCAUUGAUUGUGGAUAAGUAUUCUUAGUUGAGCUUCAGUCCAGUGGAAGGGUUACUGGUUAAUCUUGAGUGUUUUCUCUAGCCCUUUGAGAGAUUAAGUGAUUCUUGCUGUAAAUUGAAAUGGCUUAUACUCUAAUGGGUUCCAAUCUCUUACCAAAUCUAGGAUCUGUAAUAGAUAGUUGGAAUGGCAAACGUCAACAGAGACAGGUUCGUUCGCUCUAUGUACUUAGUUACGCAAUGCAAAGCUGUAGUUCCCCAAGUUGCUAAUGUCAAGGGAAAUAUAUAAAAUUAUUAUGUCCUAAUGAAGUCUGUCAUUGAAACGUUCGGUUACA